AUGUCCUACCACACAGAGGAGCAAAAGCUUGCUGUUAUGCAGAGGCGCAAGCUGGUAUGGGAGCAGCUGGACAAGACUCUUGCCUCACUUCCAUAUCGCACGUCCACACUUCUGAUGGGAGACUUCAAUCUGGUGCUUCACCCUUAUGGUAAAGUUGCAGGCCACGGCAUACACACUGGAGCGCAACACCUGGAUCAGAAGCAGGAGCGCAUUGAGCUCCUGCAAAUUCUGGAACGCCACAGGCUCGCUGCCCUGAAUACCUGGAGCAAAAAGCAAUAUACAUACAAGCAUCCUAGCGGCAACUCGCAGAUUGACUACAUAGGGGUCAGACAACCACUUGCUGACAAGCAGGCAAAACUCUGUGGGCCGGAAAAAGCUCCGGUUGCGGGCUGGCGCUCUUCUGGGCAUGAGAUCAUGGUUGCUAGUCUAAGACUCUCGUGGCGACCAUGGCAGCAGACUGCGCUGCCAAAGCAGCCUCGGGCACAGAUUGCACCUACGCUGGAGAAUCUGGCACAAAUGCAGCGGCCGCCGCUCCCAGCCCUACAAGCUGCUAUGAAGCAACAAUAUGAAGUCCCGAUCCUUGAACCGGAUAAGCUAUUCGGUGCCUGGCAACUGGCGCUGCUCAAGCGACGUGCACACAGGGUCCUACAGCAGGCGGAGGAAGCCGCCUCAUGCAAUCAUACGCGCACUCACUAUCAGUACGUGCGCAUGCUAGAGUGCCUUAUGCUCAAGCAAUACGCCCAGGGACUUUUCACAGGCCCCACCUACGAAGCUCCUGACUGGGAACCUCUUCCGUCGGAAUGGUUUGCAAAGGAGCAUUGGCAGUGGGCUUUUCAGCAGCUCGCAAAUCACAAAGCUGUUCCCAAGGAUGAAGCCUCCAUUAUGGCCUGGAAGCAGUCUUCAGAAGCUGUCUCCCCGAUUCUUGAGCGAAUUGCAUUGCCUGUGCUUCAACAGCAGACCCUCUUUUACGAGCCAGCAUGCACUGUGAAGAAGUUCGCUGCCUCCUGGAAUCAAGAGAUGUAUGAAUCCUUGAUAGACACUGGCAUGCCUUCGAACUUGGAACACUUGUCGAUCUAUGCGGACGACAAGCACAGCUUCUGGAAAAUCCUCAAUGCUGUGGACCUGGACAAGGUCAAUAGUGCAAAGUCGAGUGUGGUGUUACAACUCAAAGGUAAGCUGCAUCAGAAGCACUGGAAACGAUGCACCAAGUUCUGGAAUGGCCAACAAUGCCUGAUUGUUCCGUGUGGAUCUGGAACCAUAUACAUCCCUAUUCAGACUCACCUGGUGUAUCUGGGUGUCAAGCUCAGCUACGGUCGCUACGAGGUUCAAGCUGCACAACACCGCGUUCAGCAAGCCCAGAUGGUCUUCCAACAGCUCAAGGCUCCGCUGGGUACCAAUGGUCAGAGCGACUUCAGGCUCACGAGUGCCGUCGAGCCGACUCACUUCGACUUCAACUUGCUCGUGUCCAAGAAAUCAGUGCACAACGUGAAAUCCUUGCUGAAGCGGAGCAGGCGGAACAUCUUGAUCCACCAGAACCUCCAGCUCCAGGUUGGCGCUGCAGGGUACCAGAGCUCUUCCCACGGCAAUGCCCACGAUAUCAGGUGCUGGAGCGAUGCCUAUGCUGGCGAGCUCCUCUACCCGGUCGGGCCCCGAAUCCAGUACCGGCUGCUCCUCCUGAUGCACAGGAGGUACACUCUGCAGUUUGGGAUUCAAGAAGACUUGGACUGGCAGGCUUUCAGCUACGUGCCCAAGGAGACGUAUGGUGAGCGCCACAAGCUCCUACAGCCAAUACGCUUCGACAGGACAACGCAAAGUGGCCACUACCGGGCUCUUCUCAAAGUCGGAGCCCAAUGGAUGUACACAGACUGUGCAGCAAUGACGGACACCGCGGAGACACCGGAUGCUCACAUGGAACGAACUCUGGAGAACCUUGAGGAUGAGAUGUUCAGUGAGUACUUCGCGGCCGGGGUUGGGGCUGAAAUUCCGUCUACGGCAGCACCCUCGGAGGCCUCGGAUGGGGCAGCUCGCGGCCAACCUACUCCCCGGAUGGGGGAUGGCAACAAAGGCCAGCAACGAGGCAAAGGGCAGGCCAAAGAAAAGGAGGAUGAUGAUCCGUGGGCUAGCUGGGGCAAAGCAAAGCGUGGAUGGGAAGCAUGGGGGAAGCAGGGGCAACAACGCUCUAAGGAAGAGCUGCAGGAAGAGCUGGAUCAGCUCAAGGACAGCGUUUUUCAGCUGCAAAAGCUGACGCUUCGACAUGAAGAUUAUCUGGGAGGCAUUCGACCGGAGACAUCGUUUGUUAUCUUCAUGCGCAUGGGCAUCCCGGCCUCCAUAGUGCCCUCGCUCUUCCAAGCCCAAAAGGCGUGGCGUGAGCAGAAAGAGGAAGAUGCUACCAAGAUUGACAAGCCCAAGCGGGUUGUGCUCCUCUCCUGCCUCUUUCGAGAAUUCUGCUCGCGCCUGGAAAAGUUCCCAACCCAGACUGGCACGAUUGACAACAUGACGAAGCUUGGAUGGAUUAAGCCGGAGACCAAAGACUGGUGCUACCUCCGAUGGGAUCCGCAGGCUGAGCGUCUCAAGACGGAUCCGGAGAAAGAGGCCUUGCCUUUCUCGCAGGGCAUCGCUACAGUGGAGGACGCGAUCCAGCUCCGCAAACAUAUGAGUCUGCUGAACGGCAACUCCAUCACCCAGCUCAUGGAUUCGGUGCAAGAGGCGGCGCGAGAACCAGGAAGUGAGUAUGACGCCAACAUCAAGGCCCUAUCGGGGCAUCCAUGUGCUCGUCCUACAAGGGCCAAUGAGCAGCUUCGAAUAGUGCGCUUAGCAUGCUGGGUGGUGCAGAAGCCGGUGCCCAGGAACGUGGAGCGCAACUGCAGCAAAACAUUAUAA